AUCGGUAUCGCACAUCCUGAGGAUAAGAUGGAGAGUUUAGACUUGGAUUCGGUUAACCGGCAAUAUCUUCAGGACUAUGCCUCGCCUAUGUCAUAUACGGACAUGGACGCAGCGUCCUUGGCGUCCGACUCCUCCUACUGCGACAUCAGCGUGAGUAGCCACGAUCAGGAGAAUUUAGGCAAAACGCGGAGGCGACGGAAGAGAUGUCCUCAACAGCAGGUCCAGCAACGCCAAGCGGCCAACCUCCGCGAAAGAAAAAGAAUGCAGUCAAUUAAUGAAGCAUUCGAGGGACUCAGGGCGCACAUCCCGACACUUCCUUACGAAAAAAGAUUGUCGAAAGUAGACACUUUAAGAUUGGCAAUUGGCUAUAUCGGGUUCUUGGCCGAACUUGUGCAAACAGACAUUCAUUCGAAAGAAAAUAUCAGUACGCAGUGUGGCGAGCAGCCAAGGAAAGUGAUCAUUCAUUGCCAUAGAGGUCUUGACGAAAGUGAACAUUACGGUCUUCCACCCUUGGCUGGCCACUCCCUUUCCUGGACAGACGAUAAGAAAUCGACCCUCGGGCCGAACAACACGAUGACGGCAAAGAUCUGGACCCCUGAGGACCCAAGGCAGAACAAACUAUCCGAGUGCACGUCCUUGUUAGACAAUACCUUAGAGUUAUGAACUUCGUAAGAUCAACAAUUUAAAUUGGAGAAAUUGAAAAUUCGUCCGUGUGCGACGGGCCAUUUUGAAUCUAUCCGGAAAUGGCAACGGUUUUGGAGGAUUGAAAUUGGAGCAUGCGCACUGGCCUUCCCUCGAUUCAAAGUUAGCUACUAAGACUAAAAUGUUUACCUCCUUGGCAGAUAUCAUACGGAGGACCGGACUGAUUUAUAUAUACCAUUGUUAUGAUACGCAAACCAUCACUCAACCAAAUCGGACAUUUGAACUAAUACGCCAUAUUGGAUUUUUACUAAUUGUUGGAGGAGAAAAUUCGUUCAGCACUUCGAUUGGACGGUAGAACGUUGACGUCAUUUGUUUACAGAAUCUCGAACUCAAUAUUUCAGUCAUAAAGUAAAUAGUAAAUAUAACAAACGGAUUUACCAAGCCAGAUAAAUUGAACUACCACUUUGGUAACUACAUAUCUAAAGCUGGUUGGUGGCUGAAUCAAUGUAGACUGGUUGUUAUAUUUUUAAUACACCUAGUACAGAUAAGAGUGUGCUGGGACUCUCUGUAAGACAGCGUUGCCUGUUGUAUAUAAAUGUGUACAUAAUUUCAUGAAUGGUGCUUGGGUAAAAUAUUUGUAAAUUAUUGUGCUAACUUUAAAUGCCUUAGUUGUAAAUUAUAUAUUUCACAAGUUUACUGAUAAAAACCGGGGAAGUAUCAUCGGCGGCCAUCUUGGAUUCUGGACCAGAGCUGGAAAACAAGAUGUCCGUGGAUGGCUAUUCGCGGGUCCUCGUGAGUGCAAUAUUUACAUUCCACUGUACAUUUCAGUUGCAUUUAUUUCAACACUAUAUCUAAGUUAGUUAUUUACACGAAUAAAUUUUUCGAUCUCAUAUUUCUGAUUUCGUUUAGAAAUCUUGACUGAAUUGUGUGAAAUUUUCGCUAGUCAUUCCAAGGGUCAAGCUUUCAUUUACUGUCUACCCUCAGCAAAUACACAUAACUUGAUACAAUUCUGAUACGAAGUACAUUUGUAUACGAGGCCUUUUCAGUAAAAGCAUUUGUAGUAGUUGUUUUUAUCAAUAUCACCCAUUAAGGUUUUAAACUAACUACAUGUAUAUAAAUGAAAGUGAAAUUACCGGGUUGCUUUUCAGCUGUCCAACCUUAAGUUAUUAAUGUUUACAACAUUGCAAUGAUAUAGAGAAAUACACUGUAAAUAGUUUGUAAAAGAUAUUCGGCUAUUAAUAUAUAUUAUGAAUAAAAUGGCUCGGUCAACAAAAUAA